AUGUCUAGUUUUCCAUCACUGCAAACCUUGCAAACCUUGCGCUCUGCUCCCCAUCUUCCUGACACGGCCACUCAAAAAACGAUUGACAUACUUUACAUGCACCCGGACUUUCAGUUCCCACUUAUUCAGCCAAUAGUGGUGCCUUGGUUCCCCAGUCCUCUACCUGCAGGGCAUGGUGGUUGGACACUCAGACUUCACGAGAUUUUGAUUGGAUCACCAUACAUCCCUCCCAAUAGCACUGUUACUCUUGGCACGUUUCUCAACAUUGAUAAUGGGGGUGCCGCUCAUGAAACCAUGUGCAUCACCAGUUGCAAUAACCCACCUUGGAAUCUUGUUCCCGCAUGUUCAGUUGCCUCCACUUGUGUCCGUUCUCUUACGACCUGA